AUGGUUUAUUACAUUCGCUUUUUAAAGCCCCCAAAGUUUCACCAAGAAAAGAAAAAUGCCAAGUUGUCCCGACCACAGCAGAAAAAAUCCGUCUUUAUCACUGCUCUCAUUUGCAUCACCACUGAUCUCGGGGAUGAUUUUCUAGCAGAAGAUGUGGAUUUAGUGGCAACCUGGGCCCAGCGUUCACCCCGGGAAACCAUUGAUCAGAGUUCCCAAAAAUGGCAAGCUGGCUCGCGACAACUUUUGAUCUCCAUGGGACCAUAUUCAAUCGACCAUGUCUCCCAACACGAAGCAGUGUUCCAGAUCCGGACCCAGACUAUCCCGCAAGAUAUACUUGGGAUUGACACCACACCGCUGGUGAUAUCGGGCUGUAGUGCCCCCUUUAAGUGGCAAUCAGAGCCAGCUGAGAAAUUGAUUCAGCGAGAAUUCAGCAUGAGAAGCAAAUCUGAUCCAACUCUGAAAAUUUGGGAGGAGACGGGCAAUAGCAUUGCCCGACACAUUUGGGAUGCGGCACUUGCAUCGAUCAUUUUCCUCAAUCAAUCCAUCACCGGCACAGCCACAGCCAUUCCUCUUCUCGAUCAGCUGCUCAAGCCACGCGGCUCGGCCCUUCAGGCAGUGGAAUUGGGCGCUGGAUGUGGUAUUGUGGGCAUUGCACUGGCAACAAUGCUUGACCAAUGCAAUGUGCUCCUCACCGACCUCCCUGAGGUUGAGAAAAUUGUAAUGCGCAACAUUGAUGAGGCCCAUCUCAAGCCGUCCUCGUCGGUCCGGUAUCAAAACCUUGACUGGGAUGAGCCGCCACCAAACCUCUGCAGCCAGCCCAUUGAUUUGAUCCUUGUCUCCGACUGUACCUAUAAUGCAGACAGCUUGCCCACCUUAGUUUCAGUUCUAGACCGAUUGGUCCGGACUUCCCCGGACGCGUUGAUUCUAGUGGCCCUGAAGCGGCGGCACGAGAGCGAAGCCAUCUUCUUCGAUUUGAUGAAGGAUGCGGCAUUUACUGCCCAGCAGACAACUGUCCCGUUACCAUCACAGCAUGACCAAAGCGAUACAAUUGAGUUGUACUGCUACCGGCGUGAACAUGUCGACGUGUCAUAG